AUGUUUGUCUCCUCUCGUGCCAUUUUCAUUGUUCUCAUUUUUAUUUUAGCAUUAUUAACUGAUGCCGAGUUGAACAUUGAAAAAAAUCAUCCUUCAAAAGUUUUGAAGUUAUUGGAAAACAAUUGCAAAGAAUUCGAGCAUGCCUGCAUAAUGAGUUGCGAGGACACUGCUCAAUUCCUAUUGAACAUCGGACUACUGCUCGUUGAAUACGAAGAGAAUCUUGAUCAUCAAUUGAUAAAGAAGAUUGAGAAGUUGGCAAUCAAUUUGCAAGGAAGGAAAAGUGUCGAAGACGUGAUCGAAUAUCAAAAGUUGUAUGGAAAGGAUUUCGAAAUAGUCAUGGAGAGAGCGUCCGAAAUUCUAGCAAAGGUUCCUUAUAGUGAGAGAAAAAUGUGGGAAGAGCUCAUUCUCCAGCCACCGCCACUUUUCUAA